GGGACGGUUCAAGCAAGGGUGGUCUGCGUGCACAACAAGGCCAGCCCAGGACACAGAUGGUCAGUGCACACAGCGGGGACAGUUCAGACCAUGGGUGGUCCAUGCACACAGCGGGGAAGGUUCAAAACACGGGUUGGCGGUGCACACAGCGGGGACAGUUCAGAACACGGGUUGGCGGUGCACACAGCGGGGACAGUUCAGAACACGGGUUGGCGGUGCACACAGCGGGGACAGUUCAGAACACGGGUUGGCGGUGCACACAGCGGGGACAGUUCAGAACACAGGUGGGCGGUGCACACAGCAGGGACAGUUCAGAACAUGGGUGGGCGGUACACACAGUGGGGACAGUUCAGAACACAGGUGGUCAGUGCACACAACAGGGACAGUUCAGGGCACUCACGGUAAGCAGCUUGCAGACCCUCAGUGGCAGGCAGCUCCAGAUAGGGACGACCAGUGUUCAGCAUUCCAGGGACAACCAGCGAUCAGCAGACAGCAGCAGCUCCCCGGGCACUCUCAACAGCGGACGGCUUCCAGGGACACGCAGCCACAGACAGUGUGCAGGGUCCCUCAGCAGGACUCCCAGGGCACUCAGCAGCAGACAGCCUCCAGGGACACACAGCCAGGGAUAGUGUGCAGGGUCCCUCAGCAGCAGCUCCCAGGGCACUCAGCAGCAGACAAGGUGCAAGGGUGCCCAGUAGACA